AUGUCUUCCCGCCAAAAACUUCAAGGGUAUGAAUUUUAUCAAAAAGUUCUCGGAAGCCCAAAUUAUAUUUUAGCACCUAUGGUCGACCAAUCUGAAUAUGCAUGGCGUAUUUUGUCGCGUCGUUAUGGUGCUCAAGUUUGCUAUACUCCAAUGAUUCACGCCAAAAUGUUUUGUGACGAAAGUAAUAAACAAUAUCGGACCGAUGUAUGGUCCACCGGAAAAUAUGAUCGUCCAUUAAUAGCUCAGUUUUGCGCGAAUGACCCAGAGAUAUUGUUCAAAGCUGCUUUAAAAGUACAAGAUCAAUGUGAUGCGGUUGAUCUAAAUUUAGGCUGUCCGCAGCAUAUUGCUAGGCGUGGACAUUAUGGUUCUUUUUUACAAGAUGAAUGGAAUUUGAUUUUUAAUUUAAUAAAUAUACUUCAUAAAAAUCUGUCUAUUCCCGUAACAGCUAAAAUACGUGUUUUUCCGGAGGUAGAGAAAACAAUACAAUACGCCAAGAUGAUAGAAAGUGCUGGCGCACAGUUAUUGACAGUACAUGGUCGAGUACGUGAACAAAAAGGUCACAAGACUGGUUUAGCUGAUUGGGAACAGAUUCGUAAAGUUAAACAGAAAUUUCUCGUGAUUUCCAGAGAAGCUCUCAAAAUCCCUGUUAUAUCCAACGGAAAUAUACUUUAUUUUGAAGAUAUUCAGCGAUGCUUAGAUGCAACUGGCGUUGAUGGAGUUAUGUCUGCUGAGGGUAAUUUAUACAAUCCGGCUAUAUUUGCUGGCAUUAAUCCUCCAGUAUGGCAAAUGGCUAAGGAGUAUUUGGAAAUCUGUCAAACUGUUCCAACUAAAAUUUCUUAUAUAAGAGGCCAUCUUUUUAAGAUUUAUCGACCAGCUCUCCCAUAUCACACAGACAUAAGAGAACAAUUAGCUAAAGUUAAUACCCUUGAAGAAAUGUUUGCUUUAUCAGAGGAAUUGCGAGAGAGGUUAACGAAAACUGCGGAGGAGUCUAACAAAGUUUCAGAAAUUCGUAAAGAUGAAAAUGGGUUUAAGAUGUUUCCAUACUGGAUCUGUCAACCUAAUAUAAGAACAGCAAGUGGUAAUUCAAAAAAAGAGAAAGAAGAAACUAUUGAGUCGGAUAUCAUUUCGGUAACUUUACAACGUGAAUAG